CAUUUUUGCAAGGCCAAGAAAUUAAAAUCUUUAAGAUCCGACAGGAAGAUUGCAAUACAAAGUGCUCGGAUGGACUAUUAAAUGAAGGUGACACUUUUCCACUAAACACAACAGUGACAUUACCAAAAGAGCUGCUAAAUGACACAGUUGUAAUCUUUGAGAUAAAGCCUAAAUUAAGCACAUCAUUUGAAUACGUACGUUUACACAUGAUAAUACACAGGUCUACUAAAAAAAUAAAAAUAAUUGUUUUAAAUUAUAUAUUGUUAAUCUAAUAAUUAAGAUAAUAUAUUAUUUAAUAUUGUGAGAAAUAUUACACGGCAUUCUAAUUUUUAAAAAUAUAAUUAAAUGAACAAUUUGAAUGAUUUAAGUUUAAACGUAAACAAAUCAUUUUCUAGAAGUGUAUUUUGAUGUUGUAGUCGGCAUUUAACAUGUUGACAUCAUAAAUGAUCUUUUAAAAUUUGAUAAAAACAAUUUAUUCUUAAAAUUUAAAACAUAUAUCUGAUAUACGCUUCCUUCUACUUCAUACCUUAAAAAAUGAGCAAAUAUUAACAUUUUUAUCCAGUUUUUUUCGGUAAAUAUAACAUCUGAUUGCACCAAAAUGAAAAAGCCUGAAAGAAGCUACCACUGUUCUGAGAUCGCUGACAAUGCCUUUAAUAUUUAUAUUACUUCAAGGGCGGUAACUAAAUUUAGCGAAGCCACAAUUCGAGCUAAAAUACAACACCACAACAUUACAAUACCUCACUCUGAGCAGAAUUUACCAAUCAUCUGUGGUGCGUAUUUGUCUUAUUACUUAUUACGUAGAAUUCACAUACAACUAUUUUGUUCUAGCGUUUAAACCUGAUUAAUUUUGCUUUCAAAAAUUGUAAUGUUCUUUUAUGAAUAUUUUUAAAAAAUUAUGUCAUUAAAAUAAAAAAAUAAUAAUAAUAGAUAAUGACUUAUUUAAUUUGCAGUUGCAUAAUUAAUUUUUUAAUGGAUUCUCAAAUAUCUUUUUUUUCAGAACGUACACGCGUGGCUGGUUUUUUAACAAUAAAUGGCGAAAAUGUAACCCAUUUAAAUAAUUGUACCGUGUCAACAAAUGACAACUAUUUGCAUUUAGAAUUCGAAUGUAUUGGCCCGGCGAAGCCGUGUGUUAUAGAAAUAACUUCUUCUGCUUCAAAUGAGAAAAAACUGGGAGAAAAUAGAGUUGUCCUUAAAUGGUUGCUACUUGAAGAUACUCAAAUAGAAAUCAGACAUGCCCUUUGUAGUUUUGAGAAUGGCAUGAACCUUAUUGCGUGUAAAGUCAUCAAAGGUAUGAAUUUUGCAAUAGUUAUUUUAAGUUUUAUUUCUUUAAU